CGCUCCCCAGCCCCGCUCCCGCCAUGGCGGCGGCCGUGGACGAGAGCGCGCUGCCCUCCAUCUCCACCUUCGCCAGCCUGCUGCCCCUCGAGGAGCGCCCCGCCGACAUGCUCCACAGGAUGCUGCAGCAGGACGGCGCCGCCGCCGUCAAGCGCGAGGAGGACGACCUGGGCAAGUUCGUGGACUUGGACUUCAUCCUGGCGCACACGAGCAGCGGCGGGCAGGGGCCGCCGGCCGCCGCCUCGGGCCCCAACUACCCCCUGCCCGAGACCCCGGAGAGCUGCGGCACCACGUACGACAGCGACGGCUCCUACCCGACGCCGGGCAAGUUCCCGGCGCCCUAUCCUGAGGGCCAGGGCCACAGCUACGUGGCUGAGCUGCUCACCCCGGACCUGCCUGGCCAUUGCGACCUGCAGCGGAGGGAGUACACGGAGCUGCGGGUGCCCGGCGGCCCCCACCACCAUCACCACCACCACCACCCCCUGCACCCGGCUCUGGCCCGCCCGCUGCCGCUGGAUCCCGCGCAGCCCUUCGGGCCCCGCAUCAAGAAGGAGCAGCCGGAGGAGCGYGCCUGCAUGCUGGGGUUGCCCGGUGGCGACUACCUGGGCCCGGGCGGCGGCGAGCACAAGCCCCGCGUGGCGCCGGGACCAGUGCCGGGGCCGCCCAUGCCCUAUCCGGGCUUCACCCACGGCCGCUUGGCCCCCCCCGAGGAGCCACURCCCGGCGGAGACCCCCACCUCCUGGCCGACCUGCCACCCCACUACACGGUGGCCCCGCACCGCUACGCGCCCCACUUUGCCCCUCAGCCGCCGCCGCAGUUUCAUGGACACUUCAGCGUCUUYAGGGAGCCCCUGAAGGGGCCGGGCCCGGGGCCGGGCCCGGCGGGGUUGCCCGGGCUGCUGGUCACGCCUCCCAACUCGCCCGUGCUGGAGUAUUUCCCGGCCGGGGCCCCCCCCGAGGACUGCAAGCCCAAGCGCGGCCGCCGCUCGUGGGCGCGCAAGCGAACGGCCACGCACAACUGUGAAUACCCGGGCUGCGGGAAGACCUACACCAAGAGCUCCCACCUCAAGGCGCACAUGCGGACACACACGGGUGAGAAGCCCUACCACUGCACCUGGGAAGGCUGCGGCUGGAAGUUUGCCCGCUCGGACGAGCUGACGCGUCACUACCGCAAGCACACGGGGCACCGGCCCUUCCAGUGCCACCUCUGCGAGCGGGCCUUCUCCCGCUCCGACCACCUGGCCCUGCACAUGAAGCGGCACAUGUGA